CGUCACAGCAACAGCGGAUUUAAGAUUCUUCGUACGAGCUAUAGGCCAAUGAAUUUCAGUAUUCAGUAGUUCGGUUUGCAGGGAGGAAUGCAACUUGCGUUCGCUUCGAGAAGAUAUUUUCACGAGAUUUUCAGCGCAAAGACACAGAAUCAACAGAUCUGACGACAAUUUUACCAAUAAAAACUGUUCGGCUCUUUGCUGUUUAAGUGCAUAAACAGCCCAAUCUCCACCAAUUAUAUAGUGAAUACACGACCAAAUAGUGGAUUCUAACUAACACUAAUCACUGAAAUAAGCAAGACGAACAGAUACCAAACACAAUUCUAAAACAGAAGAAUAAGAGACGACGAGCACUUGCCAAUUCUAUCACCAAAAACUAUUUUAGACAAGAGAGAGAAGAUCUGGGUUGGAUAAAGUGGGAGGUUGAUGUGCUUCCCGUUAGAUAAAAAUGUUGGGAUUCUGGGUAGGAUUAUUGAGAAAGGAUUUCUUGGUACCAGUGAAGGUCAUUACUAGGAAAGAGCGAGAAUGGUCUUUUCUAUAUAUCCAAGUAGGAAAAGAACAGAAGUUUGAUCAAAAAUCAAUUAAACGCUUCAUCUCGUGACAACAUAUUUGGAAUUUUGGAUUAGAGAUUCUCGGAAUUUUACUUUUUCCCGAUAGUUUUGGCAAACAAUGAUUUACUAUCGAUAUCUUAUACUCUAUGCGUUCUUAUCUUCGUUCAUCAGUUCCCUUAUCACGUUAUCCUAUUCCAGCCUAUAUCAAGUGUUAUGCUAGACAACAGUGCGAAAUAAACAUUCAGUUUGCAACGUCAAUGUAGUUACCAUGGUUUUGUCGCUUGAAGAAUUUGAAGCAGCUAGUAACUGUGAAUUAAGUAAUGAACAAAAAGCUAGAAUGUUAUCACUGUUUCACCUGAGACAGAAGACAAGCAGUUUUCUUAUUCAGUGUCUUGCUGACCGUGAAAUUCAAAAAUUGAUAGAAGUCCACGAGAAUGCGUCCUCGAAAUCAGCUUAUCGUUACAAUUGUACCGUAGUUCACACUCCCCAUGCCUGCGCUCAUUUGGAUGCAGUUAAUGAUCAUGGUUGGAAUGGGAAAAAAAAUCAACCUUAUGAUCCGAAGUUGAAUUGGGGCAAGCUUUUUGCUCAGCAACAUUCCAACCGUAAGCGGGACAACGUUGGUAAUUUAGCUACAAGAAAUCACGAAAUAAAGCAGCAAGAAAUUGACCAAUUAGAAGAAACCAUACGUAUUCUUCAAGAGGAGAACACUAAAAUAAAACAGAUUUACCAUAGUCGCUUAACAAAAGUUAACGACGCAGUUAGCGACUUUAAUGAAAGCAACGUGAAACCAGACAGUCAACAGGUAAACCAGCUCCAACAGAAGAUACAGUUGCUGAAUUCGGAUUUGCAGUCCCAGAUGGCGACAGUACGACUACUCAGAGAUGAAAAAGCUAAUUUGCAAGUUAUGAUUAACAACUUACGAGUCGGGUCACUUUACAAGAACAAUACGAAUGUAUCUGCUGAUAACAAGCGGAUUGCUCAACUAGAGGAACAGUUGAAUGCGAUGAGAUUGGACUUGCAGUACAAAAACGACAGAAUUCGUUCAUUGACGCAACAAAAUUCUGAUUCGCUGGCUGCGUUUAUGGAAGCUCAAGCUAAGAUACCGUUCAACCGCUUUCCUUCCGAAUCAUCCAGGACAAACAAUGAGCAUCAAGGCUGCUGCAUUAUCAUGUAAAGAUAGAACGAUAUAGGCAUGUAUAUUGCCAAAAACAAUUGGACGUGGUACGUUUUGUUAUCAGAUAGUGCUGCUGCAACCAGAAAGGCAAACUGUUUUUUCCUCGCAUUAUUCCGUUAUUAAAGCUACUGAGACUUGUGCUUAAUCACGCUUAAUAAAUAUAAUACAAAAAGUUACGUAUACUUAUAAAUUAAAUUGA